AUGUCUGGGCUGAACCUUUCUCAAGUUCCAAAGAAACCAAGAGAAUGGCCUUCGAGCAGGAGUGGCAGUUCUGCCAAUAAGAACAAGAAUCGAGUUGCGAUAAGAUGCAAGCAUCGAGAGAGGGAAAUGAAACCGUUAAAGGACAAAUUGAAGUCUGGUAUUCUUACCAAAGAGGGAAGUCGCAGUACUAAAGACAGUAAAGCUAUACUUGAAGCACAGCACAAUCUAUGUUUCCAACAGAUUGGGAAUGAGAUGAAAGCUGAUUAUGAAGAGCACGCUAUUCUGAUCGCUCGUUGUAUGAUGCAGAUCAAGGCCAAGUUUGAUACUGAUGAAGGUCUGAACUUCAUCCAACAGUAUUACAUCAAUCAAGGACUGAAGAAGUUCAGUGACAAUGGAAAAGAUGCUGUGGAUAAGGAAUUGAGACAAAUGCUCCUGAGAGAUUGUUUUACUCCCAAAUUUGUGAAAGACAUGACCGCGUCUGAGCGAAGGAAGGCCCAAUCAGCGAUGAUGUUACUCGCGGAAAAGCAAUUCGAAAAGACAAUUAAAGGUCGCCUGGUAUUCCGAGGCGAUGGAACUCGUGAAUGGUUAUCGCGAGAGGACACUGCAAGUCCAACU